UUUAAACGCCGCAUACACUAAAGUUUAGGCGAGCGGGCAUAAACUUUAAUAGUGUUAGUAAAGUUGAAACGAUAUUUCGCAAGAUUUUAUUCGUAGAGAUGGAUAAUAGGCUGAAGUUACCGGUUAUCGCUGUACUUGUCAGUGUCUUUGUAUGUCUAGUUACAGUUUUGGCACUGUUGUGGACCAUGCCCGAAUUGCCAACUGCCAUGGGACAGGAUCAGAUAUGUUUGCCAAAUAAGGCUGGAUAUCUUAAUUGUGGCUUCACGGCUGAUCUGUUGCACGACUAUUUAGAGAGGGUCGUCACAAAGGUGUAUGACGAAAUAGAUACACAUGAGCAAACGAGGCGGCGGGAGACGUGUAAAAAGGCAAAACGACAAUGUGGAAACAUGAAGCCAGCUGCAAAACUCACUGGGACGAAACAGACGGGCACAUUAAACAAAAGAGAUAUUGAUGUUGACAUGAAUCCUGCUACAGUAAAACACCAUGACAGAAAACUAUACGACAACAGCGGGUUUGAAAACAAUGACAUUGAAUCUGACAUGACAACCGUAAGAGAAUGGCGUCAUGGCAAAGAACUAUACGAAACCAGCGGGUUAGAUGGAAACGGCAUCCGAUACCGAAACGGGCGCUUAGUCGUUCCUGUUGACGGCACAUAUUUUGUCCAUUCUUUUUUUGAGUUACUGGAGCCGUGUGACCCUUCAACUGGCAGACCGAAUGUCAAGGAUCCUACAAAACCUAUCAAACAUGGCGUAUUUAAAUUUAAUAUAUUCGAUAAAGAGGAAAUAGAGGUAGUAUCAAAUGUUCAACCGCAUGCCGUUUCACAGAGCAACCAUUUCAACUUGUACAAUAGCUAUGUGUCUUCUUUAGUUGAAUUAAAGGCUGGCGAUGAACUAUCAGUAAAAAUUAGUAACAUAACAUAUCUUAAGUACACGCCAGAUAAUUAUUUCGGGGUACAUUUGAUUUAGCUAAUAGAUGUUCUUCAUCUCAUUGUUAUAUUCUACAUAACUUUGGGGAAGGGCUUACCGCUAGUCGUUGUGAUGCAAACAAUUUUUUAACUAUGAAUAUACUUAUAAGCUAUGAUUAGAUUCACACAGGCCCUUCCAUUCUAAAAGAAGCAUAGAUAUUGAAUUAUCACAAUGCUAAAAGCUCACUGGGCACAUGUAAUUCUAAUUUUCUCCUCCUGUCAGAAGACGUUAAACUCUAGAGGAAGUAUGUUCUUUCAUUUCAAGUACUCGUGGUUUAUUAAAGAAACACCAUUCUAUUAGAUCUACAUGUAAAGUCUCUAAUGACAUAAAGGUAGCGUCAGUUUUGUUGAUUUCUAACUAUUUACACAUAUCUCAAAAACCAGCACGGACCUUUACAUUAUAAUUAUUUUGUAAUAUACUCCCUGUGAGAAAUUUCAUUAAAAUCUAAAUUGUAGAAAAUAUUCUAUUUGCAAAAAUUGUUAACAAUUGUUGUUUUCCAAGCAAGAAAAAAGCCCAAACUUUUCUAAUCAGUUUCGCACAAAGCAUUUCUUUUGUAUUUGCUAAACUGUGAAUAUUUGGGGGAAUCGGGUGUACUCAAACACAUUCUAACAUGACUAGAUUUGAUUUCCAGUUAAACAAAGAAGAACAUCAAGCUCUGUAUAUUCUGCGAUAAACAACGGUUGACGCGCGGACCGGUAAGAGAGCAUUAUGACGUCAAUUAUGACGUCAAAUAGCCGCAUGACGUCCGCUACAUUACUCCUGGCAUAAAUGAAGUCCAGCAUAAUAUUUAUUAAAUUAUAUCAAUGAGCAUGUCAGAAUGAAAACAAUCAAUGCCUUCUUGUGAUUUAUCGUCUAAUUUACCACGGUUCAUCGUUCAAAUGCUUCAGUAUUUAACCAUCGAUUCCUACGCAUCUGAACUCGGAACCGUGGUAAACCAGACGAUAAACAACUCGAAGGUCUUGAUUAUUUGUUAAUUAUAGAAGAGUUUCAUUCAUACACAGAACUUAGUUACAAAUGAUAAUAAAAAUGUUGUAAUAUUUGAACUCGGAAAUGGUUAUAGUUUCAAACAUAAGGUAGAAUAUUUUCCUAUACCCCUAGCAUAUAAGAGUUAUGCCGUUAGAAAAUUGUUCUGUAGGUUAUUGAUCUUAUAAAAAAGAAAGCGAUAUUUUGUGUGUUAAGAAUUUGAUAUUUUUUUUACGUUAUGCAUUCUACCGACGUCAAUGCCAAAUGAUAAAAAGGUAAUCGAAAAGAAAAGAAAUGCAGUUGAAAUACACCCUAUGAAAAUUUAUUUUACAUUUGGUCAGUUUAAAGGAGUAAGUACUUGUAUAAUACACAAACACUAUUAAUAAAAGUGCGUCUAAUAUUCUUUGAUUAAACACGGGUUGUCAUGAAUUCAAAACUUUAAUAAAGAACCCAAUGCACUACAAAAAUGAAGGAUCUUAAUUUACAACGCCAGUGUGACGAAUAUUUGUCAUAAAAUACAGAAGUACGCACACUUUUUACCAUCCAGGCUAAUCUGUAACAAAUCGGAUCAUGUCACAAUGCAUGUCACGGAAAAUCGAUAAAUUUCACUAACGUAGAACUCUCAAUUUGUGACAUGUGUCGUCUGUGUGGGAAUUGGAAAACCAAGAUACAACAUAUCAGCUCUUAUUUUCGAACAUUAAUUUCAAAUUUAAUCGAAUACCAUCGCUUUUAUGACGCUCAGGACAGUCUAGAAAUACAGCAUAUUCCUUGACAAAUAUGUACUUGUUUGUAUGUGUCCGUUGUGUUUUCAGAGUCUUAUAUUAUGUUAUGUGUUUUUGUGUAUAUGUUAUGAAGAUUGUAUUUUGCAGUAAAUAAAGUUUUAAGUAAA